UAUUUUUCUGAUUAAUUUUAGAUCCCAGUUAUUAAAGCUUUUGGCAUCUUGAAGCGAGCCGCUGCUGAAGUAAACCAGGAUUAUGGUCUCGAUCCAAAGAUUGCUAGUGCAAUCAUGAAGGCCGCAGACGAGGUAGCCGAAGGGAAGCUGAACGACCACUUCCCCCUGGUGGUGUGGCAGACGGGGUCCGGGACCCAGACGAACAUGAAUGUGAACGAGGUCAUUAGCAACAGAGCCAUCGAGAUGCUGGGAGGCGAGCUGGGCAGCAAGAAGCCCGUGCACCCCAACGACCACGUCAACAAGAGCCAGAGCUCCAACGACACCUUCCCCACGGCCAUGCACAUCGCCGCCGCCGUGGAGGUCCACGAGGUGCUGCUGCCGGGGCUGCAGAAGCUGCACGAUGCGCUCGAGGCCAAGUCCAAAGACUUCGCCCAGAUCAUCAAAAUCGGGCGGACCCACACCCAGGACGCGGUCCCGCUCACUCUUGGGCAGGAGUUCAGUGGUUACGUUCAGCAGCUGAAAUACGCGAUGACGAGGAUAAAGGCUGCCAUGCCCCGGAUCUACGAGCUCGCGGCCGGGGGCACCGCCGUGGGAACCGGGCUGAACACGAGAAUUGGCUUUGCCGAGAAGGUGGCCGCGAAGGUGGCCGCGCUCACAGGCCUGCCUUUUGUCACAGCCCCAAACAAGUUCGAAGCCCUGGCGGCCCACGAUGCGCUGGUGGAGCUCAGUGGCGCCAUGAACACGACCGCGUGCAGCCUGAUGAAGAUCGCCAAUGACAUCCGGUUCCUGGGCUCCGGGCCCCGCUCCGGCCUCGGGGAGCUGAUCCUGCCGGAGAACGAGCCGGGCAGCAGCAUCAUGCCAGGCAAGGUGAACCCGACGCAGUGCGAAGCCAUGACCAUGGUGGCCGCCCAGGUCAUGGGCAAUCACGUCGCUGUGACCGUCGGGGGCAGCAACGGACACUUUGAAUUGAACGUUUUCAAGCCAAUGAUGAUUAAGAACGUGCUGCACUCGGCCAGGCUGCUGGGGGACGCGGCAGUGUCUUUCACAGAAAACUGUGUGGUGGGAAUCCAGGCCAACAAAGACAGGAUCGCCAAGCUGAUGAACGAGUCCCUGAUGCUGGUGACUGCUCUCAACCCGCACAUAGGUAAGGCAAGGGAGCAGAAGGCCAUUUUGAGUUCAGAAUUAAAGAGCUCAAGCCAUUUAAAAUGCUUACAGACAGCAGUUUCCUUUCCGACAUUGUUUAAGUCGAAUCUUCUAGAAUAUUUGAAAGUGUGUUGUAAGACACUUGAUAUGACCUAUGUUAUCAGUCUUUCAAAAACUUGA